AUGUACUUAUUGAACCUGAUUGUUCUUGCAUCAAGUGUUUUUAUGCUCGAGGAUUCAAACAGCAACAUAUUCUACAAAGACAUGAUCAAUAAUAGCAAGUGUGUUAUGUUUGUUAGAAAAUAUUGUCCAUAUAGCAACAAAGCACGGAAAAUGGCGCUCGAAAACAACAUUCCGUGCCAUGCCGUCAUUGUUGAUGACAAUAAAAAUGCAGAAGAGUUCUCAAAACAGUUUCGAUACACGUUUCCCAACAUCUUCUUAGAUGGCGAAUCAAUUGGCGGGUCCGAAGAGUUCAGUAACAGGGAACAAAUUCACAUUUAUCCAUUUGGUCCUAAGCCAUUCGAUCCCAAACCCAGGCAUAUAAGCACCAUCGAUAAGACAAUCUAA